UACUAUGGGUAUAGUAUACCUGUAUCGGAAUAUGGUUCAGCAAAUCCAUGGAGCGAAGGAGUUUAUGGCUUGGUCCAUCUUCGCUACUAUCGGACUUCUAUUCACGUUCUCAAUCUGGUGGGUGGAUGCUAGGACAAUUCCGUUCGUUCCAUGUGGCGACACGUUUUGUAAGGAGCCAGGAUACGAGGCGUGCUUGCAGCCACCGGAAGUGAACUCCGCCUUUUGCUGUCCGUGCGACCGUCUGAAGGAUCCGUGUAACGUUGUCACUCCUCGCCAAGGAUGCCAUUUGUUUUGUCAGGAUAAGGUUCUCGCCGCCAGGGAGGGAGAAUUGAACAAGACCAUGGCAGAUGCACUUGAAAACUUGGAAGACAACAAACAACAAGAUAUACGUGAAUAUCAGAACAAGAUCCGGGAACUCCAGAUGCGGUCAAACACGGCGGAGGCAGCGAAUGCCGCACUUUCGUGGGGGACGGCGGCAUUGGCUGUGGUUUUGAUCGCGGUCAUCGUCGGAAUCCUGAUAUACAGGUGUCGGCGGCGGUGCAGGACGGAGCCCCGGGAGGCGCAUGACCCGACCGAGCAACCGGAAACUCCUGAGGAAGAUACACUUCUCAAAACGUACACCUCCUCAAACACCACGAUAGAGACGCAAGAUUCAGGCGCAUACGUAGAAAAGUCCUCCAUAAGUAGCAGCCAUGGCUCGGGGGGUGGCAUGCCAAAUGGCGCCAGACAAGAUCCGCGCAAGAGCGAAGUUGUCCCUCUCUGUUCAGUGGAUAGGAAGUGCAAAGAUGAACGGUUUAGUCAAAUGUCGCCCCAACAGAACGACAAAGCAGUGUUAUGCCCUUCUGGGAAGCUUUGACAAGAUAGAAAUAAUCAUAUUUUUAAAAAAUGUGCUCUUAAGAAUGUCACUGACAGCCAGUAAAAAUGUCAUUUCAAAAAUUUAAAGAUUUAAACUAUUAAUUAAUGUUUAAACUGAUCUAGAUGAUGUAAAACACAUCAGCUGGCGAGUGACAUUGUAAUCAACCCCAUGGCCAUUGUCUGCCCAUGUCCGGACCAAGGCAUGCAGAUGGUGGAGGAGGGAGGAGGGAAAAAGAGGAGACAUCCAAAUACACGGACACUUCCGGCGUACAAGGAAUACUCCAGUGUUUAACAAUACAAACUUAUGAAUGUUCCAGUGUUUAUUAUCGUUACAUACAGUUACAGAUAUCCAUAUAUCAUAGAAGUAAAAGAUAUCCAUAUAUCAUAGAAGUAACAGAUAUCCAGAUAUAAUACAAGUUACAUAUAUAACCAGAUAUCAUUGAAGUUAUAUAUCCAUAUAUCAUAGAAGUACAAGAUAUCCAUAUAUCAUAGAAGUAACAGAUAUCCAGAUAUAAUACAAGUUACAUAUAUAACCAGAUAUCAUUGAAGUUAUAUAUCCAUAUAUCAUAGAAGUACAAGAUAUCCAUAUAUCAUAGAAGUAACAGAUAUCCAGAUAUAAUACAAGUUACAUAUAUAACCAGAUAUCAUUGAAGUUAUAUAUCCAUAUAUCAUAGAAGUACAAGAUAUCCAUAUAUCAUAGAAGUAAAAGAUAUCCAUAUAUCAUAGAAGUAACAGAUAUCCAGAUAUAAUACAAGUUACAUAUAUAACCAGAUAUCAUUGAAGUAACAUUUAUCCAGAUAUCAUACAAGUUACACAUAUAAAUAUCUCAUAGAACUCUUAUAUAGAUAGAUAUCAUAGAACUAACAUAUAUCCAGAUAUCAUUGAAAUUACAUACAUGUAUAUCCAGAUAUCAUUGAAUUUACAUACAUGUAUAUCCAGAUAUCAUUGAAGAUAGAUAAUUAACUGCUGAUUCGUCAUGUCAUGUAAAGUACACGCAUUGACUUCUGUUUGUUGUAUUUGUUAACUUUUGUCGAUAGAGAAGGGUCAAUAAA